CUAUUAACAGUUAUUAUAAAUGUACAGCAUAUUUUUAAAUGUUAAUUAAAUUUGACUUUUUGCCGUUAUAAUCGUAAUUAAAAAUGCGUUUCUACUUUUGUUUUGGAAUUUUACUUGGUUUUAUUAAUUUAAUUAUCAUACCGAAGUUUUCAACAGGAAUGCCAAGCUCAGGUGGUUCAACUUCUAAUAAUGAGAGUAAUCCUAGUGAAGUCAAUAACAAUGAGGACGAGUGUCCCAUAGCAUCUUAUUAUUUAAAGAGUUUGUUAGAAGAGUUAUUGAUUAUUAAUGGUGGUGAUGACAAGGCUAUUCGUGAUGCAUUUGAAACUGUAGUGAAAUUAUCGAAAUUUGAUAAAGACACACAAAAUAAUUGUGCAGAGUUCCUUCAGACGAUAAUUGAUUCAGGUGAUGAAAAGAAAGCAAUAGAAGAUUAUGCUUUUAAAUUUUAUAUUUGGAAGAAAAAUAAUGUGGACAAUUUAAGACAAAAAUUAUAUGAAGGUGAUACAAAGAAAGAUGGCACCGUCACAAUAGAUUAUGCAAAAAAAAGUCUUUUGGAAUGUAAAAUCAUACAACAUGUACCUGAUUUUGAUAAUAUCUAUGACUUUAUAAUCACCCAAAAUUUAAAGGACAAACAUCAUGUCAAUUACCAUCAGAUGCUUGAAAACUUUAUGGUUAAUAUGGAAAAAUAUGACUUGUUAUAUCCGACUAAAGAGAAUGAUACAUAAAUACUAAUAAAUACUUGAAGGAGCUCAUAGAUUAUAAAAAUAUAGUAAAACUUCAUUAAAACUUUUUGUUCCAUUUAUUUAUAAAUGUUUAAAUUGCUAUAAAUAAAUUGAUGUUAAAUUUAUAAUAUUCAGAGAAAAUAUUUUUCUAUAAUGAUGUUUAAUUUAUAAUAUGUAUCAUAUUUAUUAUAGUUUAUUAUUAAAUUUAUUAUAACAAAUAUUAUUACAA